CAUAAGGUGAGAUAUUCUGUGCACCUCUUUACCAAAUCAACUGGGGCCGUAAACGCUAAAAACACCGCAGGUUCCUACCAACAAAGUAUGGCAGAAUCAUGUGCGGCACAAAAGCUUUCCACCACUUUCCUCUUCUCCCGCCCCAGCUCGGUGCUCGAAUGUGGGAGAUGACUGUCGCACCUCGCACCGUCGAGGUCCGCAUUCUUUACAAGAGCUAUGUUGGUCGCAUUGGAGGAAAUCACUCCCCGAUAUCGUCUACGCUUGUGCCAGCACCACUGCAACCUGUCGAGAAGCGCGAAACCAUGGGAUGUAUCAACAAGCCUUCUCUGAGGUCGCUGCAAAUGUUGGUGCUGAACCGCGCUAUGUUCGGCCGAAUUUGGAUAUCGAUAUGAUUUCUAUCGGCACAACUUCCUUUGAGGCAUUCGAGCCGGUUGCAGCGAGCAUUAGACGGCUCAAGUUUGGGCGGUUAAACAGCGACGAAUUUUGAGAGCCGCGAACUCGGGGAUUUUGUCAAUGCAAAGGAAAUGCACGUAGUCUGUCAGGACGGCUUACUGGCGUGGCAUAACGCUUCAACUGAGAUCUAUUGGUCCUGCGGAAGAGAGAACUUAUUCUUCAUCGAUCCAGAAGAUGGGAGGAUGAUAAGGAGCAUAGAGAUGGACCACUUGUUUGAUCAGCCGCUGAGGGAACAACGGGUAGCGGAGGGGUUUGCGUUCGAUUCU